CAAAUACGCGGAGCUACCCGUCACUUGAUGAUACGCGUGUUUGCAGAGAGGACACACACACAAGCCUUCGUUUCCAGAUCCGUGCCCAUUAUGCUGCCUGUUCGUUCGUGAAUCUUUACCAACCACCAUAAUGAGGGGGAUUCUUAAAAGAAAGUUUGCUGAGGUAGAUGAAGAUUCUUGCUCCUCCUCCUCCUCUCCUCUGUCCUCCCUUUCUUCCCCUGCCUCCUCGGAGUGGGAGGAGUCUGAUGGUGAAAGCAGUCUUUCUGACAACCAGCAGUUCACAUCAUGUUCCUCCACUUCGCCUUCCAGUUUACCCAUCAAGUCCAUCCUGAAGGGAUCCAAAAGUGUGCGGAGCAACGUGCGCUUCGACCGGGUCACGGUGUUUAGUUUCCCUCGCUGCCAAGGCUUCACCAGUGUGCCCAGCCGCGGUGGUGCCACGCUGGGCAUGGUGUGGAGGCACAGCGCCCUCCACAGGUACACACUGGCCGAGCAUGCUCUGGAGCAGCAGCACAGGCGCAGAGAGAGGCUCUGGGAGCGGCUGAGAGAAGACAGGCUUGAAGCGUUGAGACACAAACUGAUUGCCAGUGGCGCCAUCGACCAGAGAGAAGCAGAUAGACUCACAGUGGAUCAAGUACCUGAUGUAAACAUCAACAUCCAUAUCAGUGAUGCUGAGCUGGAGGUCAGGGGCUUCUUGCAGCCCUAUUCUGCCAAGCAAAGGCAGGCCCUCCUCAGGAGAGCAGGGGUUAAACGCAUCGACAAGGAGGAGAAGAGACAGCUCCAUGCCCUGCGUCUUUCCAGGGAGAAGUGCGGAUGUGACUGUAAAGGCUUCUGUGAGCCAGAGACGUGUGCAUGUAGCCUGGCAGGCAUCAAGUGCCAGAUGGACCGCUUCAACUUCCCUUGUGGCUGUACUAAGGAUGGUUGCGGAAAUGCUCAGGGACGCAUCGAGUUCAACCCCAGACGUGUGCAGACCCACCGCCUCCACACUGUCAUGAGACUGGAACUGGAAAGGCAAAUGCAAGAUGAAACUCUCAACCAACUGGACCAGAGGGCAGUUCCAGAGGAACUCCAAGAAGAUGAGGACCGGGUACUCCCAGUGCCCGAAGCCCAGGAGAGGAGCUGCCCUUUUGGGUUUACGGCAGAGGAGGACUGCCUCCCGCUUACAAUGCCCUCCAUCUCCUCCUUCCAUUUCAUUCCAGAGCGGCCUGUGGUGGAAGAGAACAGCUGCAGCAGUGACGCGACUGACUCCUGCUGUUUCUCCACCAACAGUGAGGACUCCGAUGCGUGGGGAAGCCCCCUGCGGAACCGCAAUGUACUUGAGGUGGAUGACGGCGGAUUGGCCCGUGACCUCAGCAUCCAUUACUGUGAAGGUGACGACUGCUCUACGGGCAGUGACGGUCGGGUAAGACAUAUCAGACUACCACUGGCCAAGCACACUGACUGUGGCUCUUACAGCACCACUACUGACACAACAGGACCACUUUGCAUGUCUAAGGCGGCCAACACAUUCCCAGAAAAUAUCGGCCGAGCCACAGGAGCGGAUUAUCUUGACGAGAAUGCCAAUCAGUCCACCGACUUUUUUGAUGACUCCUCCAUUGAAGAAUGCCCCAACACUCCCUCCCCGUCUAUAGACUAUUCUUCAAGCAGUUACAUGGACCUCAGCCUCUCAGAAUCAGACUUGGAAUUUUUUGAUAGUGACUGCAGUUCUGGCCCGCUGCAUAACUCUUUUAAAGGACAAAGUCAAGUCGACUGCUUUCGCCAUUUACAGCUCCUCAGCUCAUGGAGUCUCCCACAGUACAGCGAGUCAAACACCUGCCUCCUGGAAUCCCUCAUUGGUUUGUCUGAGCCAAGCCAAAAUCAAGAUUAUCCAUUAACAGAUAACCUGCGGUCAGAUCUGACUGAAUGACCAUUAUUACAGAAAGGUUUUGUGAGAUAAUAGUAGUAAUCUUGUAAGAGAGCACUUAGCGAAGAGAACACUGUCUUGUAUAUUCAUAAGAUUAUUUCAGUGUAUAAAGUUUGAUUUGCACAAUGUUGGAUUUUUUUUAUUUCCUGCUAGAUAUUUUAUAUUGCCAUUAAAAUCUGCCUUUAUUGCAGGGAAGAUUCACUCGGCUUACCUAACUUAUGUCUUAUUGCUCAUUAUUCAUCCACCAAAAUGUGAUGAUUUCUGAUGUAUAUUAUUGGGGGGGGGGGUUCUCCGACUAUCAUAUUUCUAUGUUAAGGCAAUAAACUGAAAAGAUUUUAUUUAUUUAUUAACUGUAUUAAUAUUUGCUUAAUAAGUGAUAAUUUCAUGAUUAUCGUUGUGAAUUUGUUUGACAAAACGGUGACUGGGCUAGCAUGAAAGGUACAGGUUUUAAGCACUAUUUUCAACAUGUAAACCAUGAUGGCAUGGAGAGCGAAUGUAAUGAACAUAAUAAUUCCUCACUUUGUACAACUGUCAGUGUUCCCUUUGGGUAUGCUAAAAGCAUUUUACUGAAUACGGUAUCAAGAAUUAAAGAAAAGGCAUUAAGUUGUGAUUCUAUGGGUAAACGAGUAUACCAAUUUUAAAACACUUAGAACUGCAGGUGGUAUUCUGUAUUCUGGUUCCCCCAUAUUUGUAUACAUUGGAGAUUGCCCUAUGUUAAUAUAUAUAUAUAUGUGUGUGAAUCUGAAUACAUUCAGCCUCAACACGACAGUUUAGUGGGAUAUUACUGAAUGUUAUACAAAUGUAUAGCUCAUGAGUAUUACAUUGAAGCUUUCCUUUAGCUUUUGUAUAUGACUACAGUACUAGAGUCAAUGGACUUACAGUAAAUUAAAGUUGAUAAGUUUAAUAAAUGAAUCAGUGAAUAUGUAAAGAAUAUAUUGUCAAUUUUUUUUAAAAACAUUUUGAAUAAAUGUAUUGGCCAAUUUGCCCAUCCUCCCAUUAUUUGGGUAUAUUGGCCAAUUUAGCCAUUUAAAUUCAAACUGUAUUUAUGGUCUACAUUAUAAAUGUAACUGGUGAAGUUGAUAAUGAUUUUAUGGUGAUGACUUCUAAGGUACACAAUAUUUUUACAUGUCACAAGUUUAUAUAAUUACAAGCUCAUAUUUAUGCCGUUUUUGAAGAUAAUUUUUUAUGUACAAAUAAAAAAUAUCAUU